CGGUGCCCGUUGCCGCCGGACUCGGGCUGCCCGAGGAGGGGGCUGUGCGCCCGCCACCCGUCGGGGACGCAGCUGCUCCGAGGGAGUGCAGGGGCAGAGUCUGCGCGGCGGUCCACAAGGCACAGGUCCCGGAUGAGAAGGUGCUGACAGCAGUCGAGUCCCACCUUCUCUGUGUGCUGGGGAGCAGGGCCCGUGGCCCCAGUGUCACCGAUGCCGAAGAACAGCAAGGUGACCCAGCGUGAGCACAGCAGCGAGCAUGUCACGGAGUCGGUGGCCGACCUGCUGGCCCUCGAGGAGCCAGUGGACUACAAGCAGAGCGUCCUGAACGUGGCGGGCGGGCCAGGUGGCAAGCAGGCGGCGGCGGAGGAGGAGCUGGACGCCGAGGACCGGCCGGCCUGGAACAGCAAGCUGCAGUACAUCCUGGCCCAGAUCGGCUUCUCCGUGGGCCUCGGCAACAUCUGGAGGUUCCCCUACCUGUGCCAGAAAAACGGAGGCGGUGCCUACCUGGUGCCCUACCUGGUGCUGCUGAUCAUCAUCGGGAUCCCGCUCUUCUUCCUGGAGCUGGCCGUGGGCCAGCGCAUCCGCCGGGGCAGCAUCGGCGUGUGGCACUACGUGUGUCCCCGCCUGGGCGGCAUCGGCUUCUCCAGCUGCAUCGUCUGCCUCUUUGUUGGGCUGUAUUAUAAUGUGAUUAUCGGCUGGAGCAUCUUCUACUUCUUCAAGUCCUUCCAGUACCCACUGCCCUGGAGUGAAUGUCCUGUCGUCAGGAAUGGGACUGCGGCAGUGGUGGAGGCGGAGUGUGAAAAGAGCUCGGCCACCACCUACUUCUGGUACCGAGAGGCCUUGGACAUCUCCAACUCCAUCUCGGAGAGUGGGGGCCUCAACUGGAAGAUGACCCUGUGCCUCCUCGUGGCCUGGACCAUUGUGGGCAUGGCCGUCAUCAAGGGCAUCCAGUCCUCGGGGAAGAUCAUACACUUUUCUGGGCUCCUUCCGUUUUGCGUACUUCUAAACUUUACAUGAAGAGCAUCAUAUUAUAUAAACCUUCUGAGCUCCGGGCGCCGCCACCUCUGGCUUCCUAAGCUGGACAAGAUGCUGGACCCGCAGGUGUGGCGGGAGGCGGCCACGCAGGUCUUCUUCGCCCUGGGGCUGGGUUUCGGGGGCGUCAUCGCCUUCUCCAGCUACAACAAGCAAGACAACAACUGCCACUUCGACGCCGCCCUGGUGGCCUUGAUCAACUUCUUCACCUCGGUGCUGGCCACCCUCGUGGUGUUUGCUGUGCUGGGCUUCAAGGCCAACAUCAUGAAUGAGAAAUGCGUGGUUGAGAAUGCUGAGAAAAUCCUGGGGUACCUCCACGCCAACGUCCUGAGCCAGGACCUCAUCCCUCCCCACGUCAACUUCUCCCACCUGACCACCAAGGACUACUCGGAGAUGUACAAGGUCAUCAUGACCGUGAAGGAGGACCAUUUCUCAGCCCUGGGCCUGGACCCCUGCGUGCUGGAGGAUGAGCUGAACAAGUCCGUGCAGGGCACAGGCCUGGCCUUCAUCGCCUUCACCGAGGCCAUGACGCACUUCCCCGCCUCCCCGUUCUGGUCCGUCAUGUUCUUCCUGAUGCUCAUCAACCUGGGCCUGGGCAGUAUGAUCGGGACCAUGGCGGGCAUCACCACGCCCAUCAUCGACACCUUCAAGGUGCCCAAGGAGAUGUUCACAGUGGGCUGCUGUGUCUUUGCAUUCUUCGUGGGGCUGUUGUUCGUCCAGCGCUCGGGAAACUACUUUGUCACCAUGUUUGACGACUACUCGGCCACCCUGCCGCUCACCGUCAUCGUCAUCCUCGAGAACAUCGCUGUGGCCUGGAUCUACGGGACCAAGAAGUUCAUGCAGGAGCUGCGGGAGAUGCUGGGCUUCCGGCCCUACCGCUUCUAUUUCUACAUGUGGAAGUUCGUGUCUCCCCUGUGCAUGGCUGUGCUCACCACGGCCAGCGUCAUCCAGCUGGCGGUCACCCCCCCCGGGUUACAGCGCCUGGAAUCAAAGGAGGAGGCUGCCGAGCGCUACCUGUAUUUCCCCGACUGGGCCAUGGCGCUCCUGAUCAUCCUCAUCGUCGUGGCGACCCUGCCCAUCCCCGUGGUGUUCGUCCUGAGGCACUUCCACCUGCUGUCGGACGGCUCCAACACCCUGUCCGUGUCCUACAAGAAGGGCCGCAUGAUGAAGGACAUCUCCAACCUGGAGGAGAAUGACGAGACCCGCUUCAUCCUCAGCAAGGUGCCCAGCGAGGCGCCCUCCCCCAUGCCCACCCACCGCUCCUACCUGGGGCCCGGCAGCACGUCGCCCCUGGAGCCCAGCGGCAACCCCAACGGACGCUAUGGGAGCGGCUACCUCCUGGCCAGCACCCCGGAAUCGGAGCUGUGACCACCGCCCCCACCACGCCCGCCCCUCGCCCCCUCCCACCCAGCCAGCCCCCCCUGCCUGGCCCUCCUCCAGGGGAGGGGCUGCCCUGCCUCAUCCCCCAGCCCGUUCUGCACCCCAGACCUGAGUGGGGGCUGUGCCAUCUAACCCUCUGAGAUCCUAUCACCGCGUGGCAGCCGAGUAACUGGAACAGCCCAGAAGUUCUGACUCCCAUACAGGGGAGGCUCCCAGGGGCCACUUUCAGGGUCACCCCUCCCUUCUCUCCCCCUAACCUGCUGCCUGCAGAUCUUGGUCUCCGAGCCCUCUGUGCUGCCGGGUGGUGGGGUGGUGACAGCCACCGGGGUGGGGCGGGGUAUCCCAGAGGCUGCCUGGUUGCAGGCGGGGGAUGGGACAGAUGUGCCAGGACCCAGGGCUCAGCUUGGGGUGGGGCUCCUCCGUGUGAGGCAGAUGGUGCCCGGGCAGCAGAGGGGGGGGGGCUCCUCUACCCCCAGCUCCAGGUGGGGUCUCCGAUGUCCCAGGCCAGGCCUGGGUGGUGGUGGGUGCUCCUGCAUCUUGCUUGGGAGGGCCAUGCCUAGGUCUGAACCCUUCAUGCCUCCAUUGGGGCUUAGCAUCUCCCUGUCCCCUCCCCUCCCCUACCUGCCCCAUCCUGGAGCUGAGUGCUGGCCUCUGCCUUUUCCUCGAGUCCCAGAGCACACUUGUCCACAGCACAAUUCGGGUGGUUUGGAGCACAAUUGCAAAGCACAUCCCCUCCUCUCACCUGGGACCCAACUUUCUCUCUAGUGGCAGCUUCUCCCUGGAACAGGGUUCCUGGAGUUCAGGGCCCUUGUCCAGGAAGCCUGGCACCUGGGAAAGAGAUCAUUCCACUGCCCUUUUGGGCUGCCACUCCCCCUCUGUAAUGUAAGCACAGCUACCCAGGCCAUGGCGGUCGGGGCCACAGACAGUGCUGUGGACGCUGAAGGCAGCCAAGGGGAGGGGCUGGGUGUCUGUGUCCCACCCCCACUCUUCCCUUCUGCCUACCCUGGAAUAGAACCUGACCAGAGAACAACUGCCUGCAGAGUGAUGGAUGUGCCAAUGGAAGGAAGGAUGGAUGGAUGGAUGGAUGGAUGGAUGGACGAUGGAUGGAUG